UUAUGCCCAAGGCUUUCCUACCCAAUGAUCCUCCUGCAACACACAGGGCUUCCUCCGCCUAAGCAGCCCUUAACCUCUCCUCCUAUGUCAGUGGCCACCAGGUCUACAGGAUCCUUGCAACUUCCACCACAGAAGCCUUUUGGGCAGGACACUUCCUUGCCUCUGGCAGGGGAAGAAGAAUUACCUAAGGGAGGGGAACAAGACUCUGCCCUGGAGGAGCUAUGUAAGCCCCUGUACUGCAAACUCUGUAAUGUCACUUUGAACUCAGCGCAGCAAGCCCAGGCUCAUUAUCAGGGUAAAAAUCAUGGUAAGAAACUCCGAAAUUACUAUGCAGCAAAUAGCUGUCCUCCUCCUGCCAGAAUGAGCCAUGCGAUGGAACCCGCAGCUACUCCAGUUGUUCCAGUCCCUUCACAGGUGGGCUCCUUUAAGCCAGGAGGCAGAGUGAUCCUGGCCACAGAGAAUGAUUACUGUAAGCUCUGUGAUGCCUCCUUUAGUUCUCCGGCUGUGGCUCAGGCACACUAUCAAGGGAAGAAUCAUGCCAAGAGGCUGCGGCUGGCGGAAGCUCAGAGUAACUCAUUCUCGGAUUCCUCAGAGGUGGGCCACCGGCGGGCCCGGAAAGAAGGGAAUGAAUUUAAGAUGAUGCCUACUAGGAGAAAUAUGUAUACAGUACAGAAUAAUUCAGGUCCUUACUUCAAUCCCCGCUCUCGGCAGAGAAUUCCACGUGAUCUAGCCAUGUGUGUUACUCCAAGUGGCCAGUUUUACUGCUCAAUGUGUAAUGUUGGGGCUGGUGAAGAGAUGGAAUUCCGACAGCAUUUAGAGAGCAAGCAACAUAAAAGCAAGGUGUCUGAACAGCGGUACAGGAAUGAGAUGGAGAAUCUGGGAUAUGUAUAGUGAUCGUCAUAUUCCGAUAGAGCAGCUUGUCCUGCCUGUUGUUUGCCUUCUGUCAACUCGCCUUGCUUUGUGGUCCUUUUGAUAUGAGUACAUUCCUCUGCUUAAUGUUAAUACAUGUAACCUGCACUGGUACCAUGAGAUGUCAAAACUGGGGGCGGG